AUGGAGGGGGCCCGGGCGGCGCGGGGGGCGUCGAGGGAAGACCGAGCCGGAGCCGAGUUAGAAAUGGAGUCCUUGGGAAGCCAGGUCCCGGAGCUGGAGCAGCAGCAGGACUCCGCGGAGGAAAGGCGCCCUGAGAGUCCCGAGAACAGCUUGAGUCUGGCCCCCGCCAAAGAGGCGGCGGGCGCGGGCCAGGACCUGUCGGGCGGGAAGAUGCUGCCCUCGCCUCGCCCCGCGCCCCUGCGAUUACUGCCACCCAGCCUGGGCCAUGGCGCCUUCCGCCGCCAGGCGUCGACCGGCCCGGAGCCGCCGUCUCCGGACCCCGUCGCGGCCGAGCAGCCCCGGGACGGCGAGAUGCCUGAGACCGAGCUGAUACCCAAGGCCGCGCUGGGUGAGCCAGCUCCGGGAGCCUGGACCCCGGUGGAACUACAGGUGGACGUGCGCGUGAAGUCUGUGGGCACGGCCGGCGGCAGCCGCGCGCCCUCGCCUGCGCCCUCCACACGCUUCCUCACCGUCCCGGUGCCCGAGUCCCCGGGCUUCUCCCGCCACGCCUCCCCCGCGCACACGCUCCUGCGGCGGACCCCGUCCCCGGGAGGCACGUGGGGCCGCGACACGCCGCCGGCCGCCGCCGGGACUGAGCGCGGCCUCGACGCCGAGGGCUGCGCCAGACCGGCGGAGGGGCGCGCAGAGUCCCCGGGCUCCCCUAUGUGCCGCUGCCGCUGCCGGGAGGAUGCCGUGCUCCUGCCCCACGCCGAGCUGGACGGCGACAAGAAGAUGUCCCGGAUCAUAAAGCGCGUAGGGCUGCCCAUGUACAUGAGGUCCCUGCGCUGGGCCCUGGCAGUCAUGGCCGUGCUCCUGGCGGUGUUGGCGAUGGCCGUUGUGGCCCUGGCCUCGAAAACAGGGAUCAGAUGCCGACCAUGCCCCCAGGGCUGGAUGUGGUCCGAGGGGCACUGCUACUACCUCGCUGCCGAAGCCGAGGCCUGGGAGACCAGCCAGGCUUUCUGCUCAGCCCACCACGCUACUCUCCCGCUGCUGAGACACACCCAGGAUUUCCUGAGCAGACACCCGGUCACCAAGUACUCCUGGGUGGGAGCCCGACGAGGCCCCCAGGGCUGGCACUGGAUCGACGGGACCGCCCUGCCACCCCAGCUGCUCCCAGAGGAAGACCAGGACCAGCCGGAUCUCGAGUGCGGGCGCCUGGAGGGAGGCAAGCUGGUGGCUUCGGACUGUGCCUCCCCCAGACCCUGGGUCUGUGCCAAGGGCACCAAGUGA